CCUUGUACCGCGGGCCGCGAGCGGCAGCAGGUCUGGGAGCAGCUGGGGCAGCCGCCUGCCCAGACAAACACAAGGCUCCCUCCUCCUGCUGCUGCUGCUGCUGCUGGUGCUGGGGACACGUCAUGGGGAAUAAAUAAAUAAAUAAAUCCACUCACCCAGUGGCAGUGAGAGGAGCCGGCGUCGGCGGCGGGAUUAGAUCCAGCCCACCCAGCCCAAGCUAGAGACCAGCCUAGCUUGAAAUCAGACAAAGCCUGACAAUGCCGCCAGCAACAACAGCACCACAAUACGCACCCCCAGAUGGAGGAUGGGGCUGGGUUGUGGUCUUUGGGGCUUUUAUCUCCAUUGGAUUUUCCUAUGCAUUCCCAAAAGCCAUCACAGUGUUCUUCAAGGAAAUUCAGGAGAUCUUCCACACAUCAUAUAGUGAAAUAGCUUGGAUAUCAUCGAUUAUGUUGGCUGUUAUGUAUGCAGGAGGUCCCAUAAGCAGUAUCUUGGUGAACAAAUAUGGUUGCCGGCCAGUGAUGAUGGCAGGAGGUGUAUUGUGUUCAUUUGGAAUGAUUGCUUCCUCUUUCUGCAAUAGUGUCCUGGAGCUUUACAUAUGUGUAGGAAUUGUUGGAGGUCUUGGCUUAGCCUUCAACUUGCAGCCUGCUUUGACUAUGAUUGGCAAGUAUUUCUAUAAGAAGCGGCCCAUUGCUAAUGGACUGGCCAUGGCUGGAAGUCCAGUGUUUCUAAGCACAAUGGCACCUCUUAAUCAAUUCCUCUUUAAUGCAUUUGGAUGGAAAGGAAGCUUUCUCAUUCUGGGAGGACUUCUUUUGAACUGCUGUGUGGCUGGGUCACUUAUGAGACCUGUUGGACCAAAACCAGUCCCUCCUGUGAAAAAAGAUGUCGAGAAGGGAGCAGGAGAUUCAGCCUUACACAUGAAUAACAAAAAGAAGUCAUUCUGGCAAACUGUGAAUAAAUACUUAGAUCUGUCCCUCUUUAAACACAGAGGGUUUCUGGUUUAUUUGUCAGGAAAUGUUAUUAUGUUUAUUGGCUUCUUUGCCCCAAUAGUAUUCUUGGCUCCUUAUGCCAAACACAAGGGAAUUGAUGAAUAUUCUGCUGCUUUUUUGCUCUCUAUUCUAGCUUUUGUAGACAUGUUUGCGAGGCCUUCAAUGGGACUUGUAGCAAACUCCAAAUACAUCCGGCCAAAAAUCCAGUACUUCUUUAGUUUUGCUGUCUUGUACAAUGGCAUCUGUCAUAUCAUGUGCCCACUGGCAGAGGACUAUACAGGCCUGGUGGUAUAUGCUGUACUUUUUGGAUUUGCUUUUGGAAUGGUUAGCAGUAUCCUUUUUGAGUCGUUGAUGGAUCUCGUUGGUGCUGCCCGGUUUUCCAGUGCUGUGGGACUUGUCACAAUUGUGGAGUGCUGCCCUGUUCUCCUAGGCCCCCCUCUAGGAGGUUGGUUAGUGGAUAUAACUGGAGAAUAUAAAUACAUGUACAUUGUCUGUGGAUCGAUUGUGAUUGUGGCAAGUAUUUGGUUGUUCAUUGGCAAUGCCAUCAACUACAGGCUUUUGACAAAAGAGAAGAAGUUAGAAGAAGAAAAACAGAAAGCAUUAAAGAAUGCUGAUCCCAAGGAAGCAGAACCUUUGACCAACAAUGAGAAUGAGGAGGCUGCCAACAGGGCUGACAAAGUACUCAAUGAUUCUUCAGAAAGGGAAACUAAUAUUUAAUAUGAAAUAUGCCUCAGACGUCAAUGUUUUUUACUUCCAUUACAAGUAUUUUGUCAAGUUACAGGCCAGGUUUUGUAGUAAUAAUGAUCAGUCACGAUAUUGGAUGAGAACAGAAAUUUGCCAAAGCCAAGAUUCCAGGCAAAUUACCAUCGACAGUUUGUUUUUUUAUUUUGGUGAUGAGAAUUUUCGAUUUCAGAGACAGCGACUCCAUGCACAUGAGUCCAUUCCAACCGUAAUUGUGGACAGUAUGGGUCAGGUAGAGUUAAACUUUAAGGUCCUCCACGACAAAUUAUCUUGUUCCAAAAUAACUUCUAAUGCAACAGUAUCUGUUUAGUCUUGUUACAGAAGCCAUUUGUCUUAACCCUCUGGACUGCCAGUGCCUGUUGACUUCUACUCACCACCAUAUUUUGGCCUCUAGUAUUAAAGAAGGAUAUCAGAUUAUGGGUUAAGAUCUGAAAAGGAAGACAAAAUACUGAAAUGAUCUGAGUAAAGUGCAUAAGAAACUGCCUGCCCUUUUAAAAUGUAUGCCCACUAGAUCAAAAGUAUGUAUUUAUACACAUAACUAGAAUGUGGCUGUAAAGGAUAAGUUUAGAAGAUAAAAAGGUAGAUUUUUUUAUUGCUAAAAUGCAAUAAAUGUGUCAUUAUAAUAAAUGCAAGUGUUUGUUUCAUCCAGUGAUAGCUAGUCACAUAUUUAAACAUUUAAUUUUGAACUAUGAGAACACUCAGGCUGCAUUAAUCCAAAUUAGCUUAAAAAGCCAUUUGUAUUAAAAAAAAAUAAAGAUGAACAUGUCAGUGGUACAUAGGUUGUAAGGGUAGCUACCAUUUCAUUAAUCAGAUACGAAGACUUAAAUUAACAAGAGGGACUAACUGGUUCAGGGUAUUGGAAUGGUUCAGCUUUUUAUCUCUAGCGACCUAAUCCAAUACCCAGGGAAGUCAAAGUGAGUCUUUCCAUUAACUUCAGUGGACUUUGGAUCAAUCAGUCUUUUGGUAAUUUGUUCAAAUCACAGCCAUAUGUUUAUUCACAGAAGGUCAUUAUCCUUUGAUAGCCUAUGUGAAAGGAAUUUUAAGAUGUAACCUAGGGUCCUUGUGCACAGGUAACCUCAUUACAAUUCCCAUCUACCCACCCGACACAUUAAGCAUAAACUAACUCCUUUGUUGAGUGUAUGAGCAGAAAGGCCAGUCGUUCCUUUCAAGACUCAGCGUUGUUUUCAGUAAUAUAUUGAAUCCACUUCCAGUGCUGUGCAGAAACGUAAAUUGACAUUUACCAAUGCUCUUUCAGCAAAGCUGGACCAUUUUGAGAAAAAUCUGGUGAUUUUACAGGAAUCUCAGCAGUGUCUAAUGCACAAUACAAGCAAAUCUUGCAGAGAAAACACCUAUUGUUACUCACUUUGGACUGGAUUGAAAGUAGGCUCAGUGCUGUAUAAUGGGCAGUCAUAGUUGUGUCACCACAGGGCUCGGUCACAGUUCCUGCCCUGCCUUGCCUUGCUUCAGGGAGAACAAAACAUUGAAAUAAGUAAAACUGUGCCUAUGGGCCACAUUGUGGCAUCUUUACUUAUGCUAAGAAGUACCUUACUCCUUAAGUAGUACCAUCAGCAACUUUCUUUAGUGUUCUCCAUUUCUUUUGGGGGCCCUAAUUCUGGGAAAUGCUAAGCAACUCCCUCUUUAUUUAUGGAAGUGAAGGGUGCUUAGUACUGUAUCUCAGACAGCUCUCAGCACCUUGCUGGAUGAGGCCCUUUGAUUCUAUGAUUAAUGACAAAUGGGCCAUUUGUCAUUUUCCUUAUUAAUAUUUUCUCCCUCCAUUUCCUUACAAAACUACUCACCAAAGUAGUCCUAAAGAGUAAUCUAUAGGAAAAAGGUGUUUUCCAUCUUUAUGAAUGGCAAACUCUCAGUAAAGGAGUGUGAGAAUCAGGCCCACUGCACUAUGCAGUGGUGUUUCUCCCAUGCUACUAUUUGGCUACAUUUUUAGAUAGCUUCUUAGAGCAUAUCUUCACAUGCAGUUAAUUUCCUUUUAUUUUUGUGACCUGCCUCCCUCAGUACUGUCCUUUUUAACUACAAAGAAAGACUUCACACCAAUGAGUCAGGUUAGUUCUUUUUUUCAAGCUUUUAAUGCAUGUACAUGUACAUGAACCCUCUCAUCUGCUCCUCACUGAACUGUUUGUAAGUGUUUCCACUUCUGGAUUAUCCCAAACUCACAAAAAGACCUUCUGAUAUUACACCUUCUGGCAUAAGAAGUCACAUACCAGAGCCCUCCUCAUACAGAGCCUGAACUGUGAACUAUCCUGGUUGAGUUCAGCAAGGUCUUAUUUUUCCCAAUCAGCCAACUUUUCCCUUGUCACUGCUCUCAUUUAGAGGGUGAAAUCCUGGCUGUGUAGAAGUCAAUGACAAAACUCCCAUUGAUUUCAAUAGGGACAGAUUUCAUAUCAAGUUUCUUCCUUUUAUGACUCUGGUAUACCUGCCAAAUUUUCAGUGUGGAUAAGCGAGAUUUGUCUCACUGUUAAGGUAAUGGGCCAACCCUUGCUCCCAAUUAUGAUGUCAAUGGUAGUUGAACAAUUGAAUUUAGUGGGAGCUGGUCAGUUCCAAAUGGUUCAUGUACAAUGUUGCAUGGUGAAUUAAUGAGGCAACAAAACAUGGGACAUUGAAUCAGGGUGUUACACACGUGAUAGUGUGUGUUGAAAAUACUAUUACAGUAGUUUUUAAAAGGCUGAAAAGUAGAGUGUUUUCACAUUUUGAUGCAAAUGCUCUGCAAAAUCAGAGAUACGCUUCAUCAGGUGAAAGAUGAAAGAUCAGGACUCUGUAAGCCAUACUGGAAUGGGUUAGCAAUAGGUCCUUGUAAGAAACCCAUACAGUGCUUUAGGUCAGCUCACUAGAUGCUUCCUUCACAUUACCAGGUCAGACAGCAUCAAGAAGGGCACAAUCUUUUUCUCUUGUUUCCUUUGAGAUUCUUUUACAAGUUUCUAUCAUACAGAAGGGAUGCGGAAAACAUUACAAAUACAAAUGUGUGUGACAGUGUUACAAGAUGGUCAGUAUGUGUAAUACCUGUCAUCCCUUUCACUCUCUCACCCAUUAUCAUGGCUGCUCAUUAGUUUCUGCAGUGACUUCAUCUUGACUUUGAACAGUACUUUUUCUCUGUUACCCUAUCACUUCUCUUUACUGCAUUGAAACUGUAGCUAGUAUUGACUCAGAAGACAUGGUCCUCCCCUCACCAUGAAGAAACAGGAGCCCAAUUGUGCAGUCAGUCUAUGUGCAGAACAGGCCUAAAGAUUACAGAUGAUGGUUCUCUCUUGUUCUUUGGCCUUUACAGAAGAAACAUUGAGGUUUAGUAGUUAUAUUGUCUUUAUUUCCCUUCAACUACACUUAUCACAUCAUUUAUUUCAUCCUCUCCUUUUCCCCUCUCAUUCUGUUGUUUUCUGUCUACAUUGAUGUAUCACAAUAGAAGUAGUAUCUGGUAUAUUCAGGAGCAGCGCCAGAGUUUCUGGCGCCCUAGGCAGA